CUCCCUCUCUCUCUCUGUCUGCGUUAAGGCCUGAGUGAAACCAUGCAGUCCUCUGUUCUCAGCGUCGCUUUGCUCUCGUUUCUACCAUUUUUCAUCGCCACGCAUUUUAAAGGAGUUUCUGCUGACGGGAGCGGGAAAGGAUUUGGAGACCACAUCCACUGGAGAGGUCUGGAGGAUGGAAAGAAAGAGGCUGAGGCAAGUGGCUUGCCUGUUAUGGUCAUCAUCCACAAGACCUGGUGCGGUGCUUGUAAAGCGCUGAAACCCAAGUUUGCUGAAUCUAAGGAAAUCUCAGAACUGGCUCACAACUUUGUCAUGGUUAACCUGGAGGAUGAAGAGGAGCCCAAAGAUGAUGCUUUCAGCCCAGAUGGAGGUUACAUUCCCAGGAUACUGUUUCUAGAUCCCAGCGGUAAAGUCCACCCUGAGAUCACAAACAAGAACGGAAACCCAAACUACAAGUUCUUCUACAGUAAUGCAGACCAAGUUGUAACCAGCAUGAAGGAAGCUCAGGAGAAGCUGACUGGAGAUGCUUUCAGAAAGGCUCACAUUGGUGAUGAGCUGUGAGAAGUUCAGCCGUUACACUACAUCACUUUCAAACCACUCUUUGCACUGGGGCCAGCCCAAACCCUCAAUCUCCUUCAACUCCUCAUUUUAUUCUGUUUAUGUGGUCCACUAUUUCAGAACCCUUCAAAACAAGUGCAGUCACACUCCACCUCUUCCAUGUUCAAUGCUUUCAGUUGCUGCUGCUGUUAUUAUUGCCAGUUAAAAGUACCAGUUGUCCGUUAAAUGGCAUCAAAUUGAACCAAAGCGUUAAUAAUUAUUCGUAGUUUAUAUGUCCAGGAUGCAAAUGGGAUUUGUUCACAUGGUUCAGAAUGGGAUUUCUGCUGCGGUUCUGUUUGUUAGACCUUCUUGUAUGUGUUAAGUUGACCUCAGAGCAAUAUGUUUGCAUUGCCCUCCUAUUACAUUACAUUUUAACAGACACUUUCGUGGAAAAUGGGGAAAAAAAACUACUGAAUACACUUGAGCAGAUAAGACGAUGAACCUGCUAUCACGUGCUUCCAAUCUCCAUCUCAUGCUGCAAACUGACUGUACGGUAGGCAGCCACAUGAACUAAGGGCCUUACAUCCCGCUCCCUCCACAAGUGUGAUGAGCUUAAGUUUUGUAUUUCUAAUCAUAAAUUCUAAAAUAAUAAAAAUGAUGAGAUUAUUGUAAACAAGUAUAUUUCUUAUCCUGCCAAUUUGUGUAAUUUCAACAGCAUUAUAUGGAUCUAGGAUUUGCCUCUGGUUUUAUAAAUAUUCAGAUUUUUACUGUAGAAAAUGCUUCGAAUCGGAAACGUGAAGGGCCAGUAACACAAACUGGUUUAAAGUGUUUUCUUAGGAUGGAAUUAUCUGUCCGAAAGUGUCUUUUUCCAUACUGUAUUUUUUACAUGUAUGUAUGUAAGUAUAUGGCCAAGUGUACAAUUAAAGUUGGUACUUGAUUAAAGUUA